GGGAACCAUAAUAUAUUCUAAAAGAGAGGAGAAGUGGAUCGAGUCCCCGUUCCGAGAAGAGCUCAUGAUGCAGGACGUGGAGGUGAGACAGUGAUGAACCUCUCGUCCUCACAGCAGGGGGAGGCGUGUGCACAUGUCCUCCAGGGGCUGUGGGAGCGUGUGAGAGAGGGACAGGAGGACAUCCUGCUCUCUCCCUACCUGCCCGCGUCCUACGCCUUCCUCACGCACCUCUUCCUCUGCGCACCGUUCCUGGCGCUGGACGCGCUUGGCGGCGUGUGUCUGCGGGUCCGCUCCUGGAGGAUCUCCGCGGGCUCGGGGGCGCCGCCGUCUGUUAGACUGUGGUACCGCUGUUUUUGGUCCGUGCUGUACCGAUACCUGACCGUCAUCCUGCCCGCCACCGCGCUCUUCCAGAGCCUGCGGAGCCCCGCGUUGCCGGCGCAGGCUCCCUCCUGCUUGCAGCUCUUCGUGGAGAUCAUCGCGUGUUUUCUGCUGUUUGACUCACUCUACUUCAUAAUGCACUUCUCCAUGCACAGGGUUCCCUGGCUAUACCGCAACAUCCACCAGCAGCACCACCAGCACCGUGUGACCUUUGCUCUGGCAGCCCAAGAUGCCAGCUCCACUGAGCUGCUGUUUCUGCUGCUGCUGGCUCUGAGCAGCGCCUGGGUGGUGGACUGCCACCCUCUGAGCGAAAUCUUCUUUCACCUCAUCAACAGCUGGAUGGCAGUGGAAGACCACUGUGGCUACAAUCUGCCCUGGGCUCUGCACAGACUGCUGCCCUUUCUAGGAGGAGCCCCCUUUCACCACACCCACCAUAUCAAAUUCAAUGGCAACUACGCCCCCUACUUCACCCACUGGGACCACCUCUUUGGCACAUACAUUGCAUGAGUGGGGUAUACACAUCCACAAUGGUGUUACUGGGAGUUAACAGCCAACAUGAAUUGAAGGAUACAUUCUGUGGAUUUUGCUUUCGCUAUCAGAUGAUCACUUAAUAAUCAUGGAUCUGUAAAGUUUUUAUAUUUUUAAAAAACUCUUGAACAAGCCUACAUGUAAUAAAACUGACUUUACAGCAUUGCUCCAUAUAAAGGACUAUAUACACUAUGUUUGUGGACCAAUCCCAUGUUCUCAAGCAGUGCUUGAUACAUGGCAAAAUGUGAAUGCUGACAAUUUGGAAGAACAUCUCGUUUGUUCCACAGUAAGUAAAUGCAGCUUGUGGUGAGAAGAUAAAGCGACAACAUGAUGAAAUCAAAAUUCUCAGUCUAAUGAGCAACAAAUGUGAUCUUGUGAUGACACAUGUGUUUGGAUGGAUUAGUGGGCUUUGAUCCUGUUUAUAGGCUAUAGGCCAAGGCAGCUAAUAAGUGACAGAUUUGUAUUGGCAAAUGUAUAUGUAUC